AAUUUUACAAAUUUGGUAAUUUUUUCUGCAGAGUGUACCAAAUGUUAUAGAUUUGUAUUAAAAUAAGGAAAUGUAGACUUUUUAAGGAUAAACCAUGGAGAUCACUCCUGAAUAGGGUUAAAAAUAAUUUCUCACUUAUUAAUAAAUAUAAUGCUUUCAAAUAUCUAGGUUUAUAGCAAUGCUUGGUUUAGUUUUCCUCUCGUUCCUUUGUUGUUUUGGUCCUGGGAUGCUCAUCAAGACGAUGGAUAGAUGCUACAAGUAUCCUGCAUUACAUAUAGCUUGUUAUAUACUCAACUGGUGUACUGUUGUUGUCAACCCAACAGUUUACUUCUUCAGAAACGAAAAAUACAAGGCUGCAUUGAAGAAUUUUAAGAUGAUUGUUUUCAAUCUUUUCACUAAAGGAACUAGAAAUGAGAAGGGACAAGAGAGAGUUCAAACCUUUCAAGCUGUUCAUUUUACAAGCAAUGAUUCAUCAUCUGUUAAAAAACAAUCAGGUGGUGAAUAAGUAGGAAAUGGAAUUGGAUCGAAAACCCUUUAAUAUGUGUAAAUACUUUCUACAUAAUCAAAUAUUAUAUUUGUUUCAAUGAAUAAAUUUUCAUGCACUUUU